AGGACUCCAUUCGCGGGGGGCUUCCCCGUGCCCGCAUUUCGGUACGCAUUUUUCGUGUAGAAUGUGUAAUUAGCAUUGUGUAGUAGAAAGAAGAAGAUAUUCAAUCACAUAGUCCUUAACGUAAGUGUUACCUUCUUGACGUUUGGGCUCUGUAUGUUUUUUCUGUAUUGAGUAGACGGCCUUGUGAGGAAUUUGUCUUUUCUGUUCACGGUUCUGAGUGCAAUAUCUGCGACGUUUAUUCGUACCUCUCUUUCAAUUUCAACAUUUUCAUCCUGCUAGUUUUCCUUAUCCUUUGCGGAAAUAGACAUGAGUUUUUUCGAGCAACUGUUCGGAGCGGAUAAAGAGACCACGACGGCCGCCGAGCAGAGUCAAGCGGUGGACCCGAAGCUGCUGCCAGUACCCGCGAUUCGCAUCCGCACAGACUACGCCUUGCACAGCAUCGAAAACCCGCGGGUGCAUCCGUCGUUGAACCGCAUAAAGAUCCAGCUCACUUCUGCCGCGAGUUUCACGAAUGUUUCGAGCUUCGGAGAGGAUCAUUAUGUUUAUGGAGGCACAACCAGUGUAACUUCAUCGUAUGGGCCACCUUCUCCCGAGCAGUCCACCCCGCGGGCGCGGCGUCGGGCGGCUUCGGCGGUUACCCCGCAGGACCGUCGACGGCCGCUGACUGCGCGUGGCUUCGUCGAGUCCCGGGUUGCGCAGUCGCGAGCGGUGUUGCGAAACCUGACCCCGAGGCCAGGCCAAGCGCGACCGCCGAUAACCCCUCGGAACAUCACUCCGCUAGCGAUUACGUCUACUCCGGCGGGUACUGCUGGAGCGGCCAGAAAUAGCAGCAUGAGCGGUGUUUCGAGCCGCGGUCGCGAACGCUUGGCGCACCAGCCGGCACUGCACAGGCCGCUGCCACCCUCGGGCAGCCGGACGAUGUCUGCGGACCGGUCCUUUCCACCGCCAGAGCUGCGGCAGGUUUACGCGCGUGCGCGACCCGUGCCAACCCGGUUUUUGCCGGACCGCCGGAUUGGAUGGGCGCCACCGCCGGAUCCGAAGUUGCCAAGGGGGUUGCUGUUCCACGACAUAACCGGCAGAAACUCCACACAGUUCUCGCUGCUGUCGGGACCCGGGCCGAAAGAGGAAGCGACCAACGAGGAUUCACCUGGAAAAACCGCGGCAGCGCCGGUCGAACAUCCAGGGACAUCAACACUGACGAAGCAAAGCGCCCCAGACUUACGGGCUGCGGUCCAGGACACGCCACCAUUGCCAACGAAAACACCAAUUUCCACCUCGGUCAAGAACACGGAGAGUAGCAGGAAGGGGCUUCAUCCUGACAAUGAUGAUGAAACUGAUGGAACUAAGUUCCACCCCGUCGUGGUCCCUCCGCCCUCACCGACCGACCAGGACUUCAUCACGGAACUGGAACAAGGCUCGGUCGCAACGCUAUCUCCGCGUCAGUACUCCGACUUCGAACAUCAAAUCGUGGUUACGACAGGAAAUAAUACUGCACCUGCACAUAAUAUUGGGAGCAAUGAUCAGGCUAUUGCACCAGCUCGAAGUCCACCCGACUUGUCGACGCGGGAACAAACGAAAGAGCCUGCGGCUGUUGAGGACGACGAGGUCCUGACGCGGCCAGAACGCAGUGUGGAGGUAGCUGUCACUAGUAGUACCCCGAAGCAGGAGGGCACAGCCGCUCCCAAGACCGUUGUCACUCCGUUGUUCACGUUUGCUGCACCGCGCAGCUCCGCGCAGACUACAUUCCUUGACUCGGGAGAGCUUGGGCAGGUCGGCCUUCUGCAAGACGAGCAGAGUGGGUCUUUCACAACUGGCAGAUCAAAGAGGAAUCCCGCAGCUGCCACCUCGGCGCCGAGUUUGUACAGCGUGGGCAGCCGGGAGCCGACCGCGAGACUUGUGCCCCUUCUCACCGUUAUGACUCCGCGAGCCAGCUCGCGGACCGCGGCGGAACUUGGAGCACGGUCGCCGGCGACCAGUCGCAAACCGGUGCGGCCCUCCAUCGUGCAGCAGCGCCCCCCGCGCCCGCGGCCUCGUCCGUUGUCUCCGCAUGUUUUUCGGAACUUCGCUCCAGCGCCAGUGCGGGCGCCGCCGCAAGAACGCAGGCCGAAGUCCGCUAGUCGAGGAGAUCGCGGCAGCACUCCUCUCGUGAUUGAGCAACGGGAUUUCGACGAAGCAUUGCGGCGGCGUGGGCGCGGGUUUGGCACCGCGGACGACCGGGUGGUUCUGGUCAGGACGAAGGAGAGUACGACUAGGCUGGAUAAAAAUGAUUUCCUGACCCGCUACAAGCAAGAAGAGGCAAAAUUCGACAAAACGCAUCCGCUCUCCGUCCCGGCGUCUUUUCUGCCAGCCGAUUUGCAGACCCAUCCCUUGUUUCCGGUAUACGUUUGCUGCCGCGGCCUCGUGGGUCCUGCCUUCUUUGACCACACGAAGUGCGACGAUGCGAUGGACACCAUUUCGCAACUGCAAAUUUGGCAGGAAGACGCGGACGGCAAGAGCCGGCGGGUUCCCAAGCCAGUGGAGGUGAAGUUUCUAAUUUCCUACUACGAAGAUGCUGAUCCACCAUCGGAGGUCGAUCGUGUUGAGAACAAACGUGUUCCAGAAAAAAGCGUCUGCCGCGGGUUCGCGGCGGAGACCGUGCAGCGGGUCUUGCAGCUAAAUCAGCAGUUGGUGCAUCCGGUCAGCAAGAAGGCGGUGCCAGAGCACGUGCUAGCCAGCAUGAAAACACUCGUGGACGCUUUAGUCGCCGAGGACCUGCUCCAGCCCUCGGACGAAAAGGCGCCCUGGGACUACACCUACGCGGACAUUCGCAGAGACGAUACCGGCACGAAGAUCCAGGACUUGGCAAAGGACGUUUUUCGUUCUUUUUUCACCGACGCAACCGUGGAUCUGGACGAGAACGUGUUUUUGCGGUUUUCCGUGUCCGAACUGAAAAAACUGUACGGCGCUCUGCGGACGAUGUGGCAUCAGAACUUUUCCCCCGAGGAGCAGAUGGAGCUCCGCAAUAGCGAAUUUGCGUUUUUGACGGGCCACCCGCCGGCGAAAUCACCGGCGGACACACUGCUCGGGUGGCAAUUCUUCUUGUUGCGAGAAAUCGGGCUGUGCCUGCGGACCAACGAAAACGCCGACGUGCAAUUGAAGAAAAGGUGCAUGUAUUUGGUUACCGCGGCGCUGGUGCAAGUCAGUCCCACGGUCCGGGAACGCUACUCAGAUCACGUUUUUGUAGAGGAACUCAUGCCGUUGCUGAUCUCCAGGUCUGACAGUGGGGAGUCCGUGUGACGACCUUGUUCGAUCUCGGCAUAGUGCCAGGAGGGCCAUCAAAGUACUAGACAGAGUUUUUGCUGCCGAUAAUUUACAACGUACGCUGGUUUCUUUGUAUUAAAGGUGAAAAGCUGCCGCGGAGUGAUUUUCAGUUUUGAAAAAAACGGUUUGAACAUUUGUACGUUCAUUUCCAUCAUCACAUACAUCCACUUAAGUACUUUGCUUUUGUCGACGUGCUCGCUCUUGUCAUACAUACAUCGUGCAUGCACAGAUUUUUGGCCAGAUGAUGUUUUGGUUUCCAUGAAGUGGUUACAACUUGCCUAGAAAUUGUCGUGUAAGAAAAAAAUGCAAAAUAUUCAAUCGAUGAUGCGUUCAUACGUUUGUUUCUUCAGAGCUACUUGAUGUGUCUGCAC